AUGGAUUCGACUCGCUACACCAUCACUGAGCUAUUGACCAUUCGUGGUUCCAAGCUGCAGACUUCACUCGAGCAGAAGCUUCUUGACGGUGCCAAGGACAACCCUGUCUUGACGGAUAUCUUGCGUCAGAAGCAUCUCGGCCGUCACCGGAGAUUCCCAUAUCUUUCCAGGAACAAUAUGGAAAUCCGGAAGUCCUCCUCAGGCGACCUAGAGGGCCGAGAGUCGAUCAAACCUCAAGCCCCUCAGGGCAUUGCUCUGCUUCGUGAUCAGGCCGUUCGCCAAACUAUUCGCCACCCUGCCGGAGAUGUCAGUCAACUUGAUGGACAAGCCGGUCGACAGCUUGAUGGACAAGAUGCCGAGCCCGAUUCUCUGCCCGAGGCACCUCCUCAACGACCCGUGCUCCCUGACCAGAAGCGAAAGGGAUUUGAGCAGUUUUACGAAGCUGUACGAUCUCCAACUCAUGUUCGCGUUACUGCUGGAGGCAGAAUCGUUCCCAACACUCUCGAAGCCUCCCACGUAUCCCCCACUGGCAAGGGUAGCAGAGAGAGGUUUGCCGGAGACGUCAAUGGCACCCAGCCACCCCUGGGGCAGGCCUUCAACGGCAAUCCGUUCCUGCCCGGCCCCCCAUUGAUGGGCCCUAUGCAUCCUGCUAUGCACUCUGCCUUCUCUAUGAUAACAACAGGACCUGGCCCAAUGCCUCCCUUUGGCGGAUUCGCGAUGCCCCCUUUCGCUGUCUCACAGGUUCCGUCUCAGACAGCCUUUUCCCAUCUAAGCGGUGGCGCAAAUCAGGCCGGGAAUCCGGAAGACAAGAAAGAGCAUGAGACUGGUGCUGCUCCGACUGUACCCUCGAUGCCCAUGCCCCCGCUUGGCGGCCAGUGGUUUCUUCCGCCUCAUCCAAUGAUGCCACUGGGGAUGCAGUUUCCCGGUGGUCCAAUGAUGCCAAUGGCUUUCAGCCCCAUGGGUCAGUCGAUGCUCUACCAGCAGCCCCCUCAACCAGUCCCUGCGACCGGCACCAAAUCCUUCACGUCGGCUGCACAAGCCGAAAGUUGCCCUAUCUCGUCCAUUCGACCUAGCAUCAUCACCAAGAACCAGCUUGCUGGUCUCCGUUCCAGUCUCAAGAAAGCAGAAGCCCAACUGGCGUAUAACCGUCAUCAGAUCGACGAGAAGCACAUGGAGGAGUACGCUCGCCAGCUUCGUUCCGACAUCGAACACUUUGAAAUUAAGCUCAAGGGCGAACUUGCUCUCGAAGACAACACUCUUCCUCAGAGGAACGACACGAAGGAGAAAAGCGACCCCAACGUCUCAAAGGAGCCAAAGUCUGCGACCGAUUCUCGCAAGAGACUGUUCUUUUCAAAGGCUGAUGCUGAGAACAAGAACGAGCCCGCCUGGGACGCUCCUGCGAAGACAACAGAGGAGCACAAGGCCUCUAGAUCUCGCAAGAAGGACCAAGUUAAGCUCGCGGUAGAUACUUCCAUGGCAUCCGCUCCUUUCAUCAACUCCAAUAUGAUCGCCAGCAUCUCCCCGGUGUCCUUCGAUCCUACCAGACACCAACAACAGCAGCAACAGCAACAGGAGUCUGAUCAUGUGCGUAAGCCUUCCACCGGCCUUCCUGUAUCUGCUGCUCGGGCACCUGUCUUCCAGCCUCGUUUGGAUCUUCGCCAUGCCAGCGAAAAUACACCCCCCGUCUCCGCAGCUAUCAACGGAGAGAACGACACGCGUGGCACUCGGUUCCACGGACCUAUUCCCACCAAUCUUGAGGAGUCUCGGCUGCUGUCUUCUAUCGCCCCUCCCACACCUGCCCACGACAUCGAGGAGUUCUCCAAAUUUGCUCGUGACAAUGCUGGUCUAGGACUGCCGUAUCUUGUCGGCGAGGUGCCUUUUGGAAUGGAUCCUAGCCCUGACUUGAAGGAUUACAUCUACCACCGUCCUCUCAAUCAAGACGAAGAGAUGGCCAAGCAUCUCUUCUGGACUGACGCCCCUGAGCACCUGCGCCAGAAGUUCCCGAAGUUCGACGGAAAAGACUUUUACCCAAUUUCCCCCGAGAAGAAGCCUCGUCCUCGCAUGGUAACCUCCAAUUUGCCCACCGGUCGCCCCGAACAAGACUAUGGCUUCACACUACCAACAGCGGAUCUUGAUCCCUUUGCCCCCUUGGAACCCUACCGCGAGGAGACAUUUGGAAAGCCGACAUUCAAAGAGAGGGAAGGUAAGGACAUCAAGAGAGAUACCAAGUCAGACAACGUAACUUCACCCAUGAAGCGUCGCAACAAAUUGCGCCCCGUCGCCUACUUCAACAGUCAGGGUCUUGAUGAGUCCAAGCAAAGCUCUGGUUCGUCCGAGAAUGUUGUCGAAUCAGAGUCUGAGAGAGCCUACUUCAACUCUUGUGUUCGUACCUGGUCAGAGAGAGUCACGGCAGCAGCGACUGCCCUUCCUGGCGCUGUUACACCGGAGAAUGCUCAUGGUUAUCUCCCGCAGUACGCUAUCGGCCAUGCCGCAGCUUCGCUGUCGCCUGCCAUCGCCAAAGUUGCCAAUCAGUCUACCCGCUUGUCCCCAUCCAAGCUGAGCGAGGAAGGCCACAUGAACGCCGGCUUGAGCUUGCUGACCGCGUCAGCUGAUGGUCGAGUCGAGAAUCGUCCUCCCAGCCGUUUUGCUCAAACCAAGUAA